AAGAAGGCUGAUCGCCGAAGAAUUGAUGCUUUUGAAUUCUGGUGCUGGAGGAGACUCUUGAGAGUCCCAUGGACUGCAAGAAGAUCAAACCUAUCCAUUCUUAAGGAAAUCAGCCCUGAGUGCUCACUGGAAGGACAGAUCCUGAAGCUGAGGCUCCAAUACUUUAGCCACCUCAUGAGAAGAGAAGAAUCCUUGGAAAAGACCCUGAUGUUGGGAAAGAUUGAGGGCACUAGGAGAAGGGGACGACAGAGGACAAGAUGGUUGGACAGUGUUCUCGAUGCUACGAACAUGAGUUUGACCAAACUGCGGGAGGCAGUGCAAGACAGGAGUGCCUGGCGUGCUAUGGUCCAUGGGGUCACGAAGAGUCGGACACAACUAAACGACUAAACAACAACACUGACUGGCAGCAAAGCAGGUGCUCUGCCACUAAGUAUAUACAUGUAUCUGAAACCAUGUCAUGGUCUUCCUUGUUUACUUCCAUUUUCCACUUCCAUCUCUUGCCUGUGUUUCCUCUGUGUGGAGUGUCAGGUUGUAAGCUCUUCAAGGCAAAGGCCUCUUCUCUUUACCUUUGUGAAAUGUUUUGCACCUCGAGGACACUAUAAGGGGUUUUUUUCAGGGGGAACUCACCGGAACUCAGUUCUGGCACCUCUCAGGUGGGUGCCAUUGCCAUUCUUUAUACCCUCCAACAUUUCUCCAAUGAAAAUAGUCUUAAGGAAAAGUGGGACAUUCUGGGAUCAAAUCAGAAACUGAGAUGGCUUCUGUAAAUCUGGGACUGUCCUUGGAAAACAGGGACAGUUGGAGUGUCUGCAAGAGAAAAAAGGACGCGUUCAUGGUGAGUUCUCUUUUUCUAUAUAAAAAAAAUAGCACUGGGCACUAUUAAUGAAUGAAAAACUGCCUUGCCGAGCAAAAUGCAGCCAGGACUGGCUAAUACCUGGAUGGGAGUCUACAGGGGACCUUGCUGCAUGUUAAUUAUAAAAUAAACUUCAGGAACGACAAUAGGUUGAGGAACUCAGUCCAAGAAAACUCCUAUUCUCGACACAAAGGCAGAUUUGGUUAUGAAGCAUCUUGAUUUAUCACAGCUGGACCAGAGGGGCUGCUGGUCUCAUCUGGCAAGCUCUACCCACGUUCCUCUUGGUGGCUGUUGUGUGUGUGUUUUUCGGUGGGGCAGAUUAAAAACAAGACAAACCUGCUCGCUAUCAGGGUCAAGAUCCUUCUUACACAGGCCGGGAGGAAUGUGGAAAGUGGGGAAGGGCUUAGGGCAGCCCCUGAAGGCAAAGCAAAAAAAAAGGAAAAGAAAAAGCCAGCCAGUUGAGGAGGAGGAGGAGGAGGAGGAGGAGGAAGACCUUUCGCCUCAGUGGUCCUCUCUUCACUUGCACCCAGGACAGCAAGAGAAGUGGUUUCUGUGGCCCUGACCAUCUCCUAUUUUAGUGAGGAGAAACAUCUGGAGAAGAUCUGGGCUGUGUGAAGAUGGCCUCCUUCCUUCUGCUUCUUCUACUGCUAGCAGCUGGAGGGACCGUCGCUGGCAUAGAGGUGAUCCCCUACACCCCCUACGUCUCCAGCCAGCAACUGGAAGGGAAAAUCACACAAAGCACCUUCGCCCUGGAUCUACCCAGCUGCCAAUUUGACCGAUUUGCCAACGCCUCGGACAGUAUCUGGCUGGUGGUUACGUACACAAACGCCACAGCCAGCUUCAAGAACCCCAAAACACCUCAGCAGAUCCCGCCAUACGAAGCUCUGUUCACCACUCAAGGCUACAUGACCAUGAAGUCCACCAUCUCCCAGUACCCCUGCAAAGGCGGCAAUUCCAAUACCGUCCUCCGGGUAGGAGGCGAAUCGUCUUGCAAGAACGACGACACCCAGACCAGCUGCAAUGGGCCGCUGCCUUCUCCUGCCUCUUAUAGAGUGAAAUUUCUCAUCAUGGAUUCCAAAGGACCCAAAGCUGAAACAAGGUGGUCUGCUCCAAUUACGUUGAAAAAAGCUGAAAGGUGGAACACAGUGGAUACCUGGCCUGGACGUCGCAGUGGGGACAUGAUCGUCAUCACCGUCAUUCUCUCCGCCCUUUGCGGGGUUGUCACCAUCGGCUUCCUUAGCACCGUCAGCUAUGAAUGCUUCAAGCUUUGCCGCCCAGGCCCACCGGAAAACCAGGAGGAGCCCCCGCGCCAAGACCCCUUCCAAGCCAGCCGCUACGAUACGCACCACAUCCCUCCUGCCCCUCCUGCCCCUCCCCCUCCCCCUGCCAUGGACACUGCUUCCUAGAGGGACACACACACACACACACCCGGUUUGGGUCUCUAGGCAGAUCAGCACACACCGUACGUCUAAAACACACAUUUCAAGCGCACGACUUCCCACAAAGAACCCUGGGAACUGUAGUUUGCUAGGCUCGCUGGGGACGGGGUAGCUGUGCGGAAGGAAGACUACAGUUCCCAGAAUUCUUUGGGGGAAGUUGUGUGCUUGAAAUGCGCACUGCGGAUAUACUUUAAAUGUGGCUCUGCCUUCCCAUGUCUGUCUGCAGUCUGAUUCCAUCCAGAUCAGACAGCCACCCACUUGCGCAAAAGUAGCCCUCACUUAAUCCCACCACCUAGACCACCUUCUCUAGCUUUUAUUCUUCCUCUCAGCGAUAAGCCUGUCCUCUGUUUGCUUUUUCGAAUGUUGCAUUACUAAGCUGGCUGUGAUUGUUUCCUGUUUUUUCUUUUCUUUUCUUUAAAUAACUUUUUUGGGGGGGUUGGUAAACAAGGGUCCUGGGAAUAAUAAAUGAUACGAAUAAAGAGACCUCAAGUCUUCUCAUGUUAUUUGUACAUCACAAAAAACAGCACAAUAAAUCUGCAGUGAUAUCUGGAACAUAUUGUGCAUUAGUGGUCAAUGUAAAGGUUCUUGGUUUAAACAAACACAAAUGGGAACAGGACAAAUGGGCUAGAACAGAAUGACCAGGUAACAUUCAGCAUCACGUAGCUCAGGGGUCAGCAAACUUUUCAGUCCACUGUCCCUUGGACCUUGGGGGGGGGAUAUUUCUUUUGGGGGGUGAGCAAAGUCCUAUGCCCCACAAAUAACCAAGAGAUGCAUUUUAAAUAAAAGCACACAUUCUACUCAUGUAAAAACACGCUGAUUCCCGGACCACCUGAGGGCCAGAUUUAGAAGACGAUUGGGCCGGAUCAGGCCCCCAGGCCCUAGUUUGCCUACCCAUGGCAUAGCU